UAUUCAUUAUGGGCUGGUUUUGGGCAGACACUACAACAUCGGCGCCUGCUGCGUCGAUUGCGCCGCAUCCAAUGCCACGAGGCAACGCAGAGCCUCCGCCAUCAUGCCCAAUGCACAAGAAAGCGUCGCCACCUGCGAAAUCGGAAGUACCCAAGGGCGCAUGUCCCUACGUCCCUCCAGAGAACGCCUCAUCAUCUUCAGACGACGCCCCAGAAAAGCAAGGUCUCCUCUCCCGUCUAAACCCUCUAAACAACAUGUUCUCUGAACUCGACAACUCGAAGGCCAGCAUCCAAACCCAAGACCUUCCCCUCUCGCGCGAGCAAUCCACCAUCCCCAAAGGCGACGGCUCACUCUGGGAAUACCCCUCCCCACAACAAAUGUACAACGCCAUGCUGCGAAAAGGCUAUACCGAUACCCCCGUAGAUGCUGUUGAGUCCAUGGUUUCAGUGCAUAAUUUCCUCAACGAAGGCGCGUGGGCCGAGAUUAUGGGUUGGGAACGCCGCUUCUCCAAGGGCAUAGCAGAAGGCUACAGAGUCUGCAAACAGGGCGAAGAGCGCGCAAACCACAUUCUGGGCACAGCAGAGAACCCAUUCGAUACAACGACCUGGGACGACGCUGAUAUCCCUCCUCCAAAACUCCUCCGCUUCACUGGCCGCCCCACUGAACCGACACCCAAAUCGCAAAUCCUACAGUGGGCAGGCUGGGCUAUGCCAGAGAAAUUCGGCACUGCCCCGCCGUUCGACAGACACGAUUGGUUUGUCGAGCGCUGCAAUUCAAAGGGAUGUAAAGAGGUGCGGUAUGUCAUUGACUACUACGAGGGCGACCCUGAGCCAACAGGCGAGCCGGUGUUUUUCCUCGACGUCAGGCCCGCAGUGGACGGUCCGACGAGUGCGGCAGAGCGCAUGGUCAGAUGGGGAACAGAUGUGUUUUGGCGCGCGAGUGGUGGUGAGGCGAGGAUAAUGAAAAAGGUUCAAGAGGCGCGAGAGGCGGCGGCAGAAGAGGCGAGUUCGCGGGGGAGGCAGUACAACUGAAGAAGCGUCCACGACUUGAUGGGAGAUGUAUGAUGCAUUGCACGGCGUUUAGGUGGGUGAUUUCAAGAGAUGGGCACUUUGCGGUGGGAUGGAAUGAAGCAUUCCAAGGGCCUUUCUUUUCUCAUUCUCCAUUUCCUUUGUCUCGGUUUACCCAGCUACAACUCUCCCCCACUCUCGUACCAUUAUUUUCUUGUUUUUUCUAUUGUAGUUGUAUAUUUGCGUUCGAAUAAUCCCUAGGUGAACCAUUCAGCUUUCCACCUUCAUCGU